AUGAGGCCUUCCUCGUUUCUUUCGUUACCACUAUACCUCGCUUGCCUGCCAUCAGUCUCAGCAUGGGUCUUCAGCUGGCACAAUCCGACUGGAAAAUUGCUCACUGUCCAAGGGGACAAGCGGCAGGAUUGCCAAGUGAUGGACAAUCCCACGGGAAAUGUGUAUGACUGGAACCCGCAGGAGGGACAUUGGUGUAUUUUCCUCUACACCAAUUCUGAUUGUGAAGAGCCGUCUGCUGGCUAUACAUGCAAGCCCUGGCCAUGGGUAGAUCAUCCCUCCAGCCAACACCUUCAAUCAUUCAAAGUGGUAAACGAUACAUCGUCUUAUGCAUCUUCAGCAUCAGCCUCUGCUUCAGCAACCGACGCAAAUGCCUCCCCAACAUCCACAACGGCAACCACACCUACCUCUGAUGCCUCCGCCAGCUCUGCCGCAGCCUCAGCCUCAGCUUCGGCUUCUAGCGCAUCAGACACAUCGGACAAAGAGGCCACCCCGUCCGGUGGUGCGAUCGCAGGAAUAGUGGUCGGGGUUGUAGCUGCUGUGGCUAUUGCUGGCAUUCUGAUCUUCUUCCUUUGGCGCCGACGCAAAACUGCCGCCAAGUCCAACGCCGCCCUUCAGACAGACUCAACAACUGGGGUGGCAGAAAUGUCCAACCCCGAUGAAGAAAAGUCGCCCAUCUCAGAUAAGCCUAUCUCUCGGGGACAAGAUAGUCGUGAAUUACAAGGUUCGGGGGCUGUGUCUGAGCUCUCGCCUACUUCGGAAAGGUAUGAAAUGGGAGCAGAAAGACUAGUGCCCAUGAUUGUGCGACAUGAGCUCGAUGCGACCCAGUUUGUUCCCGACAAGAAGGAAUGA